GCGGGUACCGGCUCCCGGAAGGUCACCGUGUGAAGGAGGCCUUGGUAACGCGGGUCUCCCCGCUUUUUCUGGGGAGCAACGGCGGAGCCGACGAACUCGGCCUGAGGCGGCGGUGAGAAGCAGACCGGCGGUUUGCUGCGACAUCAUGGAGAGCGGCGGGGGAAGCGGAAACAAAACCACAGGGGGGUUGGCCGGCUUUUUCGGAGCCGGCGGGGCAGGUUACUCGCACGCGGAUUUGGCCGGCGUCCCGCUGACUGGUAUGAACCCUCUGUCUCCGUAUUUAAAUGUGGAUCCACGAUAUCUUGUUCAGGAUACAGAUGAGUUUAUUUUACCGACUGGAGCUAAUAAAACCCGGGGCAGAUUUGAACUGGCCUUCUUUACCAUUGGAGGAUGUUGUAUGACAGGGGCUGCAUUUGGAGCAAUGAACGGUCUACGGCUAGGAUUGAAGGAAACCCAGAACAUGUCCUGGUCCAAACCAAGAAACGUACAGAUUUUGAACAUGGUGACUAGGCAAGGGGCACUUUGGGCUAAUACUCUAGGUUCUCUGGCUUUGCUCUAUAGUGCAUUUGGUGUCGUCAUUGAGAAAACACGAGGUGCAGAAGACGACCUUAACACAAUAGCAGCUGGAACCAUGACAGGCAUGUUGUAUAAAUGUACAGGUGGCCUUCGAGGGGUAGCACGAGGUGGUCUAGCAGGACUGACGCUUACCAGCCUCUAUGCACUAUAUAAUAACUGGGAGCACAUGAAAGGCUCCUUACUCCAACAGUCACUCUGAGGAUUUUGCCACCUUAGGAGUGGGGGACACUUUAGUAGUCGUCCACAUCAAUUUGUAGGUCACUCUGGAAUUACUCUUUUUUCCUACAGUUAGUUUGAAAAAUUGGAGAUUCCAGUUUGCUGUGGUGAAGAUCCUGGAUGGUUGACCAGGACUGGCAUUCCUUCUAGCCCGAGUUGAAGCCAGAACACUCUGGUGGCUGAGUAAUGUGGUUCUCCUCUACCCCCUGAGCUGGAAAACUACUUACUCACAGAAUUCAGGUCAUGAUUGUUGUCAAUACGGUAUCAACACAUUUGUUUAUUUAAUGAUCUGAAACUGUAACAUUGCCUUGUAUUCCCAAUAAAAAGGUGAAAAUAGAACCAAAGUGUAAACAUAGCGGGCGUCUCCAUUUAAAAGCAUUUUUCUGGGUAUAAAGUGAAAGUUACUCUUAGCAUUUUUGUCUGCCCCAACUGGGCCAACAUGUUUUCUUGGUUGUGUUGAAAUGAAGGGCUACUUGGCACCACUAACAGCCAGGUUACAAUUUUUCUUCAAUAGAGUUGACACUAAACAACCUCAAGAUACUAGAGAUUAACCAUUAUGCCAUUAGAGUACUGUGUUAGAAUACUCUGUCCAACGAUCAUGCUUAACUCUCUACUCAUUAACUCACCUCCUUAUGGAGGAUAAUUAGAAACAUAAUUAGAGGAAAGAAACGAGCUACAAGGGU